UGAUUUAGUACACGCGGGCUGACUGACUCCUCCUUCCUGCCCCUGGAUGGAUAAAUAUAAUGAUGUAAUGGAUCCAAGCCAGCAGAGACCUGAUCGUGUUUGAGACCGUGUGCCAACUGCCAUGGACAGGAUUCCAGCUGUCAACUACUGUUUAGGACUCGUGGGUUUCUUAAUGCUGCUGGGAGCGCUUAACGUGGAGGGAAGGAGCAUUUUUAACUCUGGAAACCAAAUUUUUGAUCCAAAAGAAGACAUGGAUGCCCAGAGCAGGAUUCUGACUCUGCUGCUGCAGAAAGGCUUCGCUCCAGGGAAAAAGGAAAACACUUUAGGCCUUGAGUUUGCAAACAGUUUAGCAGAGGAGCUGCAAGCUCUGAGAGAAAAUCUGGAGCUGGAGCAAGAGAUCAGCGCAAGCAUGGCCAAAAGCAAAUCCAUAAGCAGGAAGCGGGGUGAACCAUGCUUCUGGAAAUACUGCGUGUGAGACUGAUGCAUGAGGACGAAGGAACACUGUCAAUUACAGUUGCAAAGCCCAACGCGGCCUUAACACUCACACCACCGGUAUUCAUUAUCGUCAUCACGCUGUGUUGAUUUCAGCAAUCUGUUGUUGUACCACAAAGUUGCCAAAAACAUUUAACUGUUGUUGCACAAAUGUCCAGUGAUGACAUGCAGAUUGAUGUUGUAAAUAAUCAGAUCGCUGUUAAUACUUGAGG